AUAUAGGAGGCGGAAAAUUGAAUGGGAUAAUUCUAUAAGUGGAUUGUUUUGGAAAACAGCAAGGGGGUUGUUAUCCGCCCUAAAUGGUUCCGUCCCUGUUUUGUCACCCUCAAAGCCUGCACAGAACAAGUCUAUAUAUUGCUUUCACCAGGCGGGUUAAAGAAAGCUGAAAGCACGAAAAGCACGCAGUCGCGUUCUUUGCCGUCUACGGUGAAUAUCGUGCUUUUUUGGAGUCUUUUUUUUUAGAAAAAAAGCUCCCAACAUUUUUCCCUUCGGGGUUUUUUUUUCUUUUUUUCCAAAAUAAACAAAAUCCCUCCAUCAAGACGUGAGAUAAAAUUUGUCAAAUUACCUCCUCCCACCCCAUAAAAUCACUAAAUUUCCCUUUUAUGGGAAAAAUGUUCAAUUUGUGGAAUAUUUUCAUUUUGCGAUGAUUCGCUGAAAUUCAAGACGAAAAAGUGAGUGACAAAAAUGUGUAAAAACUAUUAUUAUUCGUAGAAAAAAUAAAUAUACACCAGUUGCUACAAUUUUUCUACUUGUGGGCGAUGAUGCGCCAUUCUUAGCGCGGUCAUGGUAACCAUGAGCACCGAAAAGUCUACCUGCCGCAGGCGAAAGCCGGCAGAGAGCAACGGAGUAGAAAACAGUUCAGAACAACCGGGAGCAAGGUCUUCUGAUAAUAAUGAGCAAAGUACACGUGAACCGGAAAUCGCUCGCGAUCCACCUCAGUAUACUUCUGGCUAUGCGGCAAUCACUUGUGCCGAAGACACUCCCAAUUAUCUUGUUUAUAAGAAGAUGGAAUCGAUAGUGGAGAAAAUGAUGGAUGAAGCUAAUGGUGUUCCGGUCAAGACAGUCAAGAGCUUUAUCAGUAAAAUCCCUUCCGUUUUUACAGGAACAGACUUAAUAAUCUGGAUGAUGAAGAACAUGGACAUCGAUGAUCAAGAAAUUUUUACAGAGGCCCUCCACGUUGCGCAUCUUAUGGCCUCCCAUGGAUACUUUUUUCCCAUCGACGAUCACUGUCUCACAGUCAAAAACGACAACACGUUUUAUAGAUUCCAAACACCUUAUUUCUGGCCAUCGAAUUGCUGGGAACCGGAAAACACAGAUUAUGCCGUCUACUUAUGCAAGCGAACAAUGCAGAAUAAAACACGAUUAGAGCUCGCUGACUAUGAGGCUGAAAAUCUCGCGAGGCUACAAAAAAUGUUCUCCAGAAAAUGGGAGUUUAUUGCCAUGCAAGCGGAGGCCCAGAACAAAGCCGAUAAGAAAAGAGACAAAUUGGAGAGGAAGGUUUUAGAUAGUCAGGAGAGAGCUUUUUGGGACGUUCAUCGACCAAUGCCGGGAUGCGUGAAUACGACGGAAUUGGACAUAAAGAAGGCAUGUCGUAGCCACAAGCCUAUUGUUAAAGCGAGCAAACAUUUGCAACUGGGAGUUGCAGGUGGAAGAAUUUCUCCACCCCGGACGAAUUCCAUGCUAAAGCAGUCAGCAGAAUCUUUACAAAGGGACGUGGAUAUUUUGAAGCAGAGACUCGAUCGACGAAUCAUUAAAAUUUCUAAAGUCGCUGAAGCGCUUAUAGGAUACUUUGAACAAUACGCAGAGUACGAUCCAUUUUUUACGCAACCAGAAUUGACGAAUCCGUGGAUUUCGGACAGUUUAGAAAUGUGGGAACAGGAAAAAUUGGCAGAUCUUCCUGUGAGGAGAGUAAGAAGAUGGGCAUUUGGAUUAAAUGAACUUUUACGCGAUCCCGUUGGACGAGAGCAAUUUGAACGAUUUUUGGAUAAAGAAUUCAGUGGCGAGAAUCUCAAAUUUUGGGAGGCUGUUCAGGAAUUAAAAACAUUACCUCAGCGAGUAGUCGAAGCGAAAGUGGAGGAAAUUUGGAACGAAUAUUUGGGUCCGGAAGCAAGUUGUCCAAUUAAUGUUGAUUCUAAAUCCUUUGAGGUGACGAAGAAGAAUAUCGAGAAGCCAGAUCGUUGGUCGUUUGACGUUGCCGCAGCCCACGUCUAUCAUUUAAUGAAAAGUGAUUCCUAUUCAAGAUAUUUACGAUCGGAAAUGUAUAAGGACUAUAUUAACGGAUCGAAAAAGAAGACGUCAGUGAAAGGAAUUCGAUCUAUUGUCUCGUUUACCGGCCGGAAGGAUACGACGACAUCUUAAUCGAUAUUUUCGCCUUCUAAUGGGAUAUCUAUAAAUAUAUAUUUGUCUUUAGAGACGAAAGAUAGCAGAAUUGCAAUCAAAUCAUUUUCCCGUUCGUUCGUUAACGUUCAAUAUGGGGUGAAAAUGAGAGCAAACAUUGGCAGUGAAACACAGUUCGAUCCCAUUUAAACUCUCUUUCUCUCACUCUUUCUCUCGCAAAGAAAAGAAUAAAGCAAGAAAUAAAAAAUUCAACGGUCACAUAAUUCUUCGCUUUUUCAUGCUGCCAAAGAUUUAAAAAUAAAAAUCGGAUGACGACAAAAAUGAUUUUGUCGAUUUUUUCUAAACACAAAUAAACGAAAAAAAAGAUGUAUGAGAAUUUAGCUUUGUUUUCUACGCGUAGAAUUUAAAAUUUUGCGGCAACAGCUGCAGGAAUUGAUGUCAUAUAAAAUAGUUGUCUAAUGAAAGAAAAAUUCUGAUGCACAUUGUAUAGAAUGUACUGGAACUGCAUUCACGACUGGGAUCUGUAAAAUUCUAGACGAGAAAUUAAAAACUUUUUAGCGAGAGAAGUAAAAAAUAGAAAAUCUCGACAAACUGUAGAAUCAAGGACGUUAUUAAAUGGUACUUGAGAAAAAUAGAAACAUAUACUGUCAAAAGUCAACUGUAUUUUUGAAAGCAGUUCACUUUGUAUGUAACACCGAAGAAACAUAAAUAUAAGUGACGUGAUAAUGAGAGAACUGCGCGUGAAAUAUUAGUUCUGAAAAUAUUAAAGAGUCCAAACGGAGGAAGAAGAAAAGAAGCGAGUGAGGCUGAAAAUGAGGUUUUUAUUAGAUAAAGAAUAAAUUUGAGCAAGUUGAUAAAGGUUUAAACCUUUUUUUUUAAAUCGAUGAAGCUUGAAUAAUCUGGAAAAAUGUUUGAAGGAGCUUUAAAAGACUCAAAACAUUCUGAAAGACAGCCUAAGGAAGCUAAAGCAGCUUAAGGGACCAAUGACAUUUUAGUCCAUCGAAAUUUACCUCGUUUAAAUCAAAAAUAUUUAAUUUUGCAUGUCUCUGUUAAUUAUAUUCAAUUAAAACUUUUAGACAUAAGAUUCUGUGGUCCAAUUUUUUUCAAAUUUUUUACAAUAACCUCGUAAACAAUAUUUAAUAUGUAAAUUUCGUGUCUGAAAUAUCAUUGAUCCCUCCGAAAAAUUAACAAGCUUUCGCUAAUUCAAAACAAGCUUCAAGUUUUUUUCAGAGAAUAAAUUAUUAUUUUCGAAAAGAACUCUGCUUUAAUGCCGGGAGAAAUAAAAUGCCUCUGAAAUCAAAAAAACGAUAAUCAAAAUGAUAAUUUAUGAAAUUCGACGAUAUUUUUGUAUUUAAAAAAAAUUGUAUAAAUUCGAAACGAUAACAUGAGUUGAAAUUAUUCUAUUUUCUUUUAAUUAUUUAUACACACACAAAAAAUAUAGGGAUUCACUUCAUAAGUAUAUACAAUAAUCGUUCAAUCACAUAUGCGCUUAUUACAUCUUUGUCCACAAUAAUUAUAUAAUGAUAAUAUUAAUAAUUUCUUUCAUAAGAAAAAUAAGCGGAUGAUUGUGGGAUUUUUUCCCCUAUGGUCGUAAUCCGUUUCUCUUGUCUUUUCGUAUUCACAGAGGAAAUAAAAUAAAAUCCGAGGACUCGAUAUCAAGUGGUUGUGGAAAACGACCUUUAAAUAUUAAAAAAAAGAUACUUAAAUAGCCGGCUAAGGUCUCGUGUUUAGAUAAAUAAGUUUUUUUUUGUUUUGAAAGGCACUUUAAUUUAUUAAAAUCAGAAAAUAGUUAUUUUAAAACGAUUAUAUUUAUUUUUAUUUACUAAUUUUUUACUCACUAUUUUUAUUAACCCUUAAAGCGCACUCUGGGUGCUCGACACCCAUACACAACUUUUCCACUAUUAGCACUAUUAUACUAUCUUUUCAUGAAAGUGUUACAUCUCAAGGGUAUAAAGUUAAAUUUUUAUCGAAAAGUGUUAAAAAUUAUGGUAGUUAUGAUUUUUUAGGUUGAAAAAGACUUUUUUUGUUAUCUUUUCAAAUUUCGAAUUUUUUUAAUUAUUAAGAGUAAAUAAAUGACCAUGAAACCUAUGUUUCUUCAAAAUAGAUGCACUGAGCUACCUAUGAUAAUUUUUCUGAAAGAUAAUAUCAAAAUCCAAUUUGCAGUAAACGCGUUAAAACCCUGGGUGUAAAACAACCAGGCGGCUUAAUAAUGGUUCAGGAAGUGUGCGCUUUAAGGGUUAUAAUUUAAAACUUUUUUAUUUUCCUGUGUGUCACUCGUAAUUGAAUGAAACUUGUACAUUUAAAAAUCAUCACAAAAGAUACAAAAGAUAGAAAUUUUCCAAAAGAAUUCAAUUAUUUAAAAAAAAUUUAAUAAAAUUCUACACAAACUUUAAAUUAUUUUCGAAAAAUAAUAUAAAUUUCACAGGAAUUUCAUUAUUU